CUUGGAAUUAGACACAUUUAUUUCCAAAAAAGCAGAUAUGUCUGGUUGUCCAGUUCUAAUUAGACAGUGUAAUGGCAGGAUGAAUUGACGAGUAAUAAACAAGUAAUGCAUACUUUAUAACACCAACAUAUGGCGGAAAAACAAAGAUGUCAAAGAAGAAAUGUCCAUAUUUGUCCAAAACAGGUUCUUGUCUUAACAAAUGCAGGGUAAUCAUGGUUACUACAAUGAGGGGAUGUUUGGUUAGUGAUGACUAGUAUUAGUCAUUCAUGUUUUUGUUUCGUUUUGAUGUUUGCUGUCCGAAAGUGUUUAGUGAGUAUUUCUUAAUGGGCUUUUAUUUUGAAAUGUACUCGAACCGGAUGUUUUGUCGCUGUAUUUGCUAGCGCGGCUAGCAAUGGACCGGUCUGGUAAAGACGUGUGGAGGCCGCCCCGAGCCUGUGAUGACUACUGGAGUGAAUUCAGACAUUGCAAAAGCUUGAAGAACCGUUUUCACCACUAUUACACGUACGGCACCUCGCCAUCCUGCCAGCAGUGGAAGGAGGACUACCACACCUGCAGAGAGUGGGAGAAACACAGAGCUGCUGAAUCCAAGGAAGCCUUGCAGAAGAGUGAAAGGAACAGAGUGGCAGAGCAGAGAAACUUCACCCCGGUGUGGGAACUGAGGCGAGAGCCUCCCAGAGACUGGCACAUGCCGCUGAACCAGGAAAAGCCUCAGGACUCAUGAUGACCGGUCACUAUUGACCUGACAGACACUGGUCACUUGUUGCCAUGUCAAGCUGUAUUCAGUGAGCUGCUGUGUGAAAACAAGCAUGCAUGUUUAAACAGCGGUAGCAGCACCUAGUGCUCACUGAUGAGUAUGACAGCAUCUGUAUUUAUCCAGCAAAUUACAAGAUGAUCUCUCCGAAGGCAUUGUUGUUUUUUGUCAUAAAUUAUUAAUUCUUUAAGGCUAGUGUAAAAAUACAAAUGCACUCAGACUUGCUGUAAAUGAGUUUAAAGAGGAGUUUCCUUGUUUUUCUGUGUUAAGCAUGAGAAAUGCAGAAUAUUGGGUCAAAUAAUGCAAUGGAUACAUUUUGAAGAUUAAAUGUAUUUCACCCAAGUAAUGAAGUAUCUGUUGUGUUUCCAUAAGGCUGAGAUUAAUAAUUAAUGCUGCACUAGAAAACACUUUUGAAGGCAUUAAACAGGAGUUGGCCACAGUAAGUCUGUCAACAUUUCCCAGAAGCACCGUAGUCUCUUCAGUUUGUGCUGUAGAUACUUCUGUGAUUAAUAUAUUAUAAAUGCAAUAAUAUAACAAAAUUCAGCUUUACAGCUUCAACUCAUAGCAGUUUUCUGUCUCAUUUCUGUGAUAGUUUCUCCUAAAAUUACACAAGAGGCUUAAAAACAUUUUUGAACAAAUUUGAUCAAUAAAAAGUGGUUUUAUU